AUGCCGGGGCCGGGGGCGCCGGGGCCGGUGCUGCGCCAGCAGUCGCCCGCGCGGCACGGCGCCACGCGGGUGCCCUCCGCUGCGUACUCCGGCCAGGCCCAGAGCUUCCGCGGCCACCACAGCUUCGCGUCGCCCGCCCCGGCCAGCCCGAGGCUGAUCGCGGCCCCCGGGCAGGCCGUGUCGCGCGGGUCCUUCCAGGGUGCGCCGCUCGUCGCUAAAGGCAGCAGCGGCCAGGAUCCCACGCCUGACCGCCGCAGCGCGGAGGAGCAGGACCGCAACGCCAAGGAGCGCGGCCACGCCUCCAAAUGA